AAAUAUAACAUCCAAUAUGUCUAAUUUAAAUUAUAAAUUUAAAAAAAUACAAUUUUUUAAUAAUUAUCAAUCAGCAAUUUGUCUUAGAAUGGAUGGUAGUUUAAAUAUUCUUUGUUUACAAACAUUGUUAUCAAGAAAAAUAUGGAAAAAUUGUAUUGAUGAUUUUAUUAGUAUUAAAGAAGAUUUAGAGGGUCCAUAUCAUAUUUUAAUAUUAAUGAAACCAGAUGAUAUCACAAAUAAAAAAAAAUUACAUUUAUUAUCAUUUCCAGAUUUUAAAAUUAAAUUUACAAUUGUCGUUGAAAAUACAACAUAUCUUGUUGAUAUUAUUAAUAAUAAAACUGAUAAUGAAAAUUUAUUAUUUUUAGAGGGUAUUAAAACAACAAAUGAAUAUGUUGAUUUAAUUAGAAUUAAAGCAAUUGAAGAGAGUAUACCAGAAUUACGUUUACAAAGAUUAUUAAGAAAAUAUAAAUUUAAUGAAGCAUUAGAUUUUGCAUUGAAAUUUAAUCUUGAUUGUGAAAUUGUUUAUCAUGCUGAGGCAAUGAUGUUGAUGGAAAAAUUAAGACCAAGAUUACAGUCAAGUGAAAAAAUUGAUGUUGAUAUAUUUAUGACAACACUUGAUAAAAUUAAAGAUGUUAAAUUUAUAUAUGAAUGUUGUAAUAAUGCAAUGACAAAGGAUUACAAAGAUACAAGAAAACUUUUGGUUUAUUCAAGACAAAGAAUAGUUGAUUAUGUUAAUGAUAAAAAUAUUCAAGAUAAACUAAAUGAAAAUCUUUCACAACUUCUUGCUACUGUAAGUGAUACACUUAGAAAAUUAGAGACAUUUGAAAUGAUACAUAAAGCUGAUGUUAUAAAUGAAACAUCAACUGAUGAAUGGAUAAAAUUUUCACGUGAAAAUUUACUAAAAGAAUGUAUGGAAUAUUUAUCAAAUAGUGAAUUAAAUUCAGCAUCAUUAAUAUGGACAAGACACAUGUCAAGUAUUGCAUCAAUUGUUACAAGUGAAACAAUAAUUGAUAUACUUGCUGCAAUACCAGAAAAUCUUAGUCCUGAUGAAUUAUGGCCAUGGCUUAUACAUUUUAUUCCAUCAGUAACAUCAUUAAUACCAAAUGGUCUAUCAGAAAUAAUUAAUUGGGGCUAUAAAAAAACUAAAACAUUGGAAAAAUAUCAUCGUGAUUUAUGGCCAGAUAUUGGUCUUGAAUUUGCUAAUGGUUUUAUAAAUAUAUUACAAUUUGAAGAAAAUAAUAUUUAUUAUCAAUUUCAUCAGGAAUAUACAAAUAAGAAUUCACAAUUACAAAGACUCAUGUUACUCAUACAAGCAAUGAAAGAUUUACGUGAUUUAAAAACAAAUUAUAAAAUAUUUUUACCACUUCAUACAUAUCUUGGUAAUUCAACAGAUGUUAUACAUUUAUUAUUAAAUAAAGUUAACAUAAAUGAAUUACCAAAUUUAUUAGAUAAUUUUUUACAUGUUUAUAUGUUAAAUAAUUCAUUAAAAAAUGAUCAUGUAUUAUCAUCAUAUGUACAAAAUAUAUUAAAAAAUUCAAAAGGUUGGUGGUUAUGGGAAAAGGCACCAUGGGAUAAACGUUUAAGUAUUGUUAUAAAUUAUAUUCAUAAUAUACAAAAUCGUUUACAACAAACACUUGAAGUAUUAAAAAGAGCACCAGUACCAUGGAGUGAUGAAGUUAAAUUACUUGCUGAAAAAAGUUACAAUUAUGAUCAUCCACUUGUUGCUAAAAUUCGUAUAGAAAGUAAUUCAGUUGUUGUUAAAUUAAUAUUAAAAAAAUAUAGAUAUGCACAUAUUGGUUUAUCAUCAAGAUUUUUUUCAUAUAUUAUUAAACAAAAUAGAUCAACAAUGAUUGAUGAUAUUAUUGAAUUAACUAAAAUGAAUAAUACAACAAGAUUCAAUGUUUUUUCUGAAUGUGUUAAUUAUCAUUUAACACAAGCAAUACAAAAUGAACAUCAUGAUUUUGCUUUAUUAAAAAUAAUAACAAAUAUAUCAAUUAUUUUAUCAUCACUUGUACCAAGCAUUGAUGAUAUAAUACAAGAUAUACAUGAUGUAUUAAAUCAUUGUGUUAUAAUGAUGCUUAAAAAAGUAAUUGUAAGUAUUAAUUUUGAUGUACAACUGGGUCUUGUUUGUUUGCUUAUGAUACCACAUGAUAAUUCAUUAAAAACACUUGGUUUAAUAUCAAAAUUACAUCAAGCUGAUUAUAAACGUGAUCGUAUUAUUAAAGAUUUAGGCUAUGAGUAUUGUCGUUUAACGAAAAAUUAUCAACAAAUGGAAGAAUUUAAUAUGAUGAAAAUACGAUAUGAAUGGGCAAAAAGAUUGGCAAAUUAUAAAAUAACAUACAGAGAAAUAAUGAGUAAUGAUGUUGAUAUUAAACAUGAUAUAUUAAGAAGAAUAAUGUCAUCAAAUGAAAAUAAUAUUAUUGAUACACUUAAUGAUUAUUGUUUAAGCUUUGGUUUUGUACGUGAUGAUGUUUAUUUAGCAUAUCUUGAAUCAUUACUAUGCUCAUGGGAACCAAAAUAUAUAAUAAAUAAUCAAAAUGGUCAAAAAGAGCCAAUAAUUGAUGAUAAUGAUAUAAAUUGUAUGAAAAUACCAGAAUCAUAUACUCACGCAACAGCAGCAUUGUAUUAUGCUGUAAAUUAUAUGCCACCAGGUGCUGAUCAAGUUGAAGCAGCUAAAGAAUGUUUUUCAUAUAUUAAUAAUUUACCAGAAGGUACAAUUGAUAUUGAUAAUGAUAAACGUAUUAAAAUUGAAAAUAAAUAUCGUAAAUAUACAUCAAAACAUAUAUUACAUACCUAUGGUCUUGGUGAUGAUAAAUAUUUAAAUCUUGUUGAUUAUCCAGAACAACUUGUACGAGCAUUGUAUUAUGAUAAAACAAUACCAGAACGUUAUAGAUGUGCAACUAAAAAUCGUCCAGAUAUUAAUUCAUCAGUUAAUGAUUUAGGAAAAGUAUUUAAUAUUAAUCUUGUUAAAAUAAGAUUAGAAUUACUUGAAGAAUGGUUACAGCCAGAUACUGGUGAAAUAAAAAAUGAUAGUAUAACUGUUGCUGGUAUUUGUCAAGAUGAUACAUCAUCAUCAUUAAUUGAUACAUUUACAUUUGAUGAUAAUUUAUUACGUGCAUGUUAUAUAAUUAGUUGUGGUGAUCAUGAACAGUUUAUUGGUCAUUUAAUAACAAUGGGACUUACUGAAGAUUUUCAUUGUCCUGGUGUUAGAUAUCGUGCAUUACGUGUUGUACAAUCAAUAACUGAUGAAAAUACAAUUCAAGAAUUAUCAAAAAUUAAUUCAUCAACAAUGAAUGAAUAUCUUAAAUCAUUACAAUACUUAACUGAUUUACAACGUCUUGGAAUUGGUUAUUCAAUUAGUGGUUUUGAUUCAUGCUCUAAAGAAAAAUUAAUACAAGUACUUAUUAGUAAUCAAUAUUGUUGUUCAAGAUCAUUAAGACUUGUACCACAAUUAUUUAUUGAUUAUCAUAUUGAUAAUUAUGAACUGUUAAAUUUUGUUAAUAAACUUAAAUUUUUUGAUAUUAUUCAUUCAUGUUUUCGUGCUCAACAACCUCAUUUUGCUGCUGCAUUAUUACCAUUUGUUGAAGACACUGAUAAACAAUUAAUUUUAAAUGAAAUAUCAUUAAAUUAUCAUGACAUUGAUAGUGUCAUUAAAAAACUCAAAAAAAUAGAAAAAAAAAGAAUUGUUCGUCAAGUAAGUUACUUAACAUAA